AUGUUCUCCAUAUUCGGUUCAAAGAAAACUGUCGAAGAGCAGCUUCGUGCCAACAAAAGAGCAAUUAACCGUGCAGUGCGCGAGCUAGAAACGGAAAAAAGGCGUCUGGAGCAAGAUAAAAAUAAAAUAACCUUGGAAAUUAAGAAGCUCGCCAAACAAGGUGAAAUGGAUGCCGUGAGGAUCUUGGCCAAGCAGAUUGUAAGGAAUAACAAUUACAUCAGACGCUUCACGCUUAUGAAAACAAAUCUCGAGGCAGUAGGAUUAAAGUUACAAACUUUGAAAUCCACAAACGCAAUGGGCGAAACGAUGAAAGACAUUACCCGAGUCAUGCGACGCAUGAAUGCCUCAAUGAAGUUGCCUCAGUUACAAAAAAUCAUGAUGGAAUUUGAAAAACAAUCUGGCAUCUUAGAGUCCAAGGAGGAAAUGAUGUCCGACGCAAUCGAUGAUGCCCUUGGAGAUGAUGAUAUCGACGAAUCGGAGCAGGUUGUGAACAAGGUAACCAGACAGUUAUACCAUUCCCCGCCACCGCCAUCCGGCUUUGGUGGUAGGCAGCUUUGCUGU